AUGUCCGCCUACACACACCACCGCCCCCGCACCAAGCCCCCCCCGCCGCGCCCCUCGCCCCCCAUCUUCGUCGACCUCACCGGCCCCGACACGCACGUGGCCACGCCCCCGCUGCCCCUCGACCUCGCCGAGGCCACCGCCCGCACCUACGAGGGCGCGCACCUGUGCCCCAAGACGUCCACGCAGAACUCACGCACGCGCCGCCGCCUGCGCUUUGCCGCCGCGGCAUCCCCGUCGCCGCUGUUCAUCCAGCCGUCGAAGGUCUACUCCUCGUCGACUACCACAACCACAACCACAACUACAACAUCUUCAUCAUCUUCGUCCUCUUCGUCGGCCGUGGUCACGGCGGCGGGCGGGAGACAGCAGCAGCAGCAGCAGAAGCAGAAGCAGAUACUCCCCCAGCCGAGUAAGGCCGACUUUGCGAGGCCCGGGCCAAGGAGGGAUAAUAAGCCGAAGCCGUACGUGCUGGAGCCGCCGGCGGCGGCGCAGCUGUAUCCAGAGUCGAGAUGCACCGACUUCUUCCCCUGGCGCGGAAACCACGCCGAAGACCACGUCACCGACGCCCAAGCCCGCAACGGCCAAUUCGACAAACUCUUUGUCGGCAAAGGCAAUGUCCGCACCCCCACCCCCUCCUCCUCCUCCUCCUCCUCCCCCUGCUCCCCCUCCUCCUCCUCCAAGCCCCCCUACUUACCUCCGCAGAACGAGCAAGCCUCCGCGCGCGCUUCCCUCACCCCCAUCUUCAAGCAGAAGGCGGGCCUGGCAACAAUGUCAUCCCUCUUCCUCACCGUCCUCGACAAGCGCCAGAAAUACGGCCGCUUCACGGCACCCUCGACGUUUAAGCCGCCGCCGCGCGUGACCCUGCCCGACGCCCGAAGAGAGGCGUGGCUGAGGGAUCUGGCCAGCCCGAAUGUGUCGCUAAGGAAGCUGUCGAGGACUAUCCCGCAUGGGCUGAAGGGCCCCGUGCUGCUGGACCAGUGCACGGCGAAGGGCGUGCCGACGGCGCGCGCCGUCUGGUUCGCGAGGUGUGUCGGCGCGAAUGAGCUGCGUGGGCUCAAGAGGAAGGGUGUGGGGUCGUUUGCGGUUGGUAGUGAGACGAAGUGGAUUAAGGAGUGGACGACGCAGGUGACGAGGUUUUUGGAGAAGACGGUUGUGGGGUGUACAACGACGGAGGGGUGGAAGGCGAAGAUGCUCUAUGCGGUCCGGCUGUCGGCGCAUCUGUACUGGGAGAAUUUACUAGAUAAGACGCUCUUCUUGGAGUGGUUCUUGGGCUUCUUGGAAGCCUGCUCGCUGGAUAUGCUGCCGAUGGCGUACAUGCUGUCGAGCAUCUACUGGGACGAGCUGCUCCGCACGCGGCGACUCGGCCGCCGUCUUGCGGAGGCGCUGCUGGGGAAGGCGGAAGCGAUCAUCGCCGCGGAGGAGAGCGAAGUAUAUGCACCGCUGAUGCAUAGGCUGAGCGUCAUGUUAGCUGACAUCCUCGUCUCGCACCGCGAAUCACUCGUCAUCGCCAACUCCUGGGACGGCUACAAAGACGUCCUCUCGCGGUCCGUCCACCGCCGCAACCCCACAAUCCGCAGCUGCCUCGCCAACCUGACCGCGCGGAACAAGAACCUCCUCGCGCCCCUCGACCACAACAAGGCCGACACCACGCUCUCCCCCCAGCGCAAGCUCAUCAACACCCUCGACGCCAUCGAACUGCCCUACAACCUCGACGAGCUCUGGUCAAAAUGCCACAGCCUCACCAUGGACCCCGCCGACCUCGUCCAGGUGCUCUGCGAAUGGGGCACCACCAGCCUCCGCGUCGGCGUCCACCGCGUCUACAUCGCAGCCGCCCUCCUGCGCACCGCGGCACGCUCCAACCCCGCCGCCGUCCACGAGCAGAUCCUACACUUCCUCGAAACCUUCGGCACCAAGGUCGCCGGCAGCAAGGACGACGCCUACCUGCUCAUCAGCGAGCUCGUGCGCAGCAAGACGUUCGCGCUCGCCGGCUACAUGAAGUGGCUGAUCGCGCGCGGGUCGCUGUACGGCUUCGACACCAUGCACGCCUCGAACCCCUGCCACGUGCGCCUGCUCGCCGAGAUCCCCGUCUACACGGCGCCCACCGCGCACCGCAACCUGCGCAAGAUCCUGCUCGCGAACGCGGGCUACGACGUGGGCGAGGAGGCGCGCGCGCUCGCGCAGGCGAAGGAGAUCCUGGCGGGGCGGCUGGCGGGCGAGGGCGCGGAGGCGCUGACGGAGCGGGAGACGGCCUUCUUCGCCGGCCUCUCGAGGACAGUCAUGUGUGAGCUCGGCAUCUGGAUCCGCGACAACGUGCGCAUGCAUGUGGUGAAGGGGGCGCCUGUCGGCCGCGACAACUGGCGCGACCUGAGUGUGGAGGUCGGCAUCACCGCGGUCACGACGGGCCAGUUUGUGUUGCUGAGGGGGCUGCUCGAGAUGUUUCAGGAUAUGGCGGUGCUGGUGGACGUGGUCAAGAUGGUGAGUUCGUCGGACAGCAGCAGCACGCUGAGUGAGGCCGCCGACACGGUCAGCUACAACGUCGAGGCGUUCUCGGCCCUCGGCGCCGUCAACGAGUGUUUGCGACUGUUGCAUAAUCGGUAUAAGAAGCUGCAGCUGCGGCGCAGGCUGGAGCGGUUCCUGGUGGUGGCGCUGGCGGAGCUGGCGGCGGUGCCGGGCGCGAGUGUGGAGAUAUGCAGGCAGCUGGAGGACGAUUUGGCGGCGCAGGCGCGGUGCGAUCCGAGGGCGGGGAUGGCGAACUCGCCGGUGUCGGACACGAUGGCGGACAUCUUUGAUGGCGGGAACGAGGAGAUUGACCGUCUGCUUGCCUCGGGGGCCACGAUCGACAACCACAACCUCUCGCGGCUGUUUGAGACUAUUGUUUCGAAAGUGGAGACGACCUUCGACGACGCCGGCGCCCAGGGCCAGCUCUCGUCCUCCGUGGGCUACCUCACAAAGCUACGCCAGUUCGACACGGCCAUGUUCGACGACCUGAUGCACAGCUGGAUCACGCGCCUGCUGCAAUCCACCAGCCGCCCGCCCCUCCCGCUCCUGCACACGCUCUCCGUCCUCGUCGCAUCCUCCACCCUCCCGCUCACAACCGUGGUAACGGGCACCCUCUCCGCGCCCAAGCCCACCGCCGACCUCAUCGCGCAGACACUCGACCUGCUCACCACACCGCUCCUCCCCGCUCUCACUCAGUCCGAGAUGUACAGUCUCUCCCGCAAGCGCAAGACCUUCGCGCACACGUCCCCCGCGCUGUUUGUCCGCCUGCUCCGCCGCGCGAUCGCAUGCUGCGCGGAACACCCUACGCCGCGCCUCCGCGCGUUGAUCCUCUCGCGCGGCGUGCUGACGCUGCUGCGCCGCCUGGCGACGGAGAGCCCGCAGACGCUGCUGGACGAGGUGGUCGAGCCGCUGAGUCGCCGCGGGGGCGGCAAUGUGCUGAUGUGGCUGCGGCGGCUGGUGGAUCAUCUGCUGGACGACACGGAGUCGGGCGACAGCACGGAUCUCGACCCGGAGGUGCAGGUCGCGCAGCUGGUGCAGUAUGCGAAUGACUUUUCGAUCGGGCUGUGUCAGCUCAAGAUGCGCAUUAUUUUUGGCUCUGGUGGUGGUGCUGGUGGUGGUGGUGGUGGUGGAGGAGGGUUGGGAGGGGCUGGGGGGGAGCAGGAGAACCCGCUCACGAAGCCGUUCUUCCAGGGCAUCGCGGCAACGUUUAAAGACCGCGUGAACAUCUGGACGGACCUCGUGUCGGUGCUGAACGCCGAGUGCGCCGCGCAGAUCCGGCACUACGCCGAGGAGCUGCUGCUCUCGUCGUCGACGUUCCCGCCCGUGCGGCUGUGUCUCGGCCCUCUUGAACCCUCGUUGCCGGAGGGCGGCGAGGCGCUGGCAAGAGCGCUACUGGCGGUGAUCGAGGCCACGGCGUACAGCAUCCCGGCGGGGGGUGUACCCGGGGUGGCGGCGGCGCUGGCGGAGAAGCUGGUCAUGAUUGUGGGCGGGAUGGAGGAGGGGUGGGAGGUGGACGUGGGCGAGUGGCGGUGCUGGCUGUUGCUGUUUUUGAGGGUUGUGGUGCUGCAUCGGGGUGCGUUUGGGGGGAGGGGGGGCGUGGCGGAGGGGGGGAGGCUGGUGGUGGGGUUGGGGGCGCUGUUGCAGCAUGAGUUUGUGAGGAAGGAUGAAGAGUUGUUUGAUUUCAUAUUCGACAUCACAAGCAGCUUCAUCGACGACCUCCCCGACGAAACAACACACCACAUCCGGCGCUUCACGCGCGGCAAGAAGCCAACGCCGCGCAUGUCCUACCUCAUCGGCAGCAACAACACCACGCCCACCACCGAAUGGCUCAAGGCCUUCCAGCGCGGCAAGAUGAUCGACUAUCCCGUCAAGCCGUGGGAGAAGCUGGCUGAGCCGUCGCCCGUCAUGGGCGAGAAUGAUACGAGUGUUAGUUUGGUGCUAUUUAUGACGAGAAGGGGCAGGUGCUGGAGGGUGUGA